AUGGGAUGUGAAUGGAGUGCGGUAUAUGACGGAGAAAGUAUCCUUCUACAAAAAGAGCUUUAUGAGAGAGGCUCAGAGGUCUACGUGGAUGUAAAGCAACUAACACGCGUAAAGUUUAACCGAAUGUUGAGAUUAAUGGUCACAUGCUCGCACGGUAUGGACAUACUCAUGUACUACAUUAUUUCGAAAGGAAGCAUUGUUGAUAUUGGUUUCUUCCGACCAAACCAAAGGAUCAGAUACACUUUUCAAAUUUUGGUAUCCAAAGAGCUUACCCCUGUCUCAAUGAUAUAUUUAAUUGCUUCCGCGAAUGGCAAAUUCGCGACAAACUACAUCUCUUUUACGGUCAGAGAAUUUGUCAACCCUAUUGAGAUUAAGAUCGAGGAGAAUAUCAGUGAUGAUGGUGUUGACCUCGGGGACGAAAUUGAGUUAUCGAUCCGUGGUCGCCCAGGAUCAUUCGUUGCUUUGGCUGCAUAUGUCCAUCGAUUCAUGCAGCAUAGUAAGCAUCACGAUAUCUUUUAUACGGAUGUUUGGUAUUUGUUUAAUAAACUUCAUCCAGUUCACAUUGAUGUUAUUGAGAUACUAGGAGCAAAUGCUAGCAUUUUAAAUGUUAAAAACUAUCUUAAAGGCAAGUUUAGACAUUAG